AUGAACCUUCUAAGCCUCUAUAUUUUUGCAAUCACUCUCCUUUCAUACCCUCUAGCUGUCUUGGGUACGCCUGCUCCAAACCCCACGGUUGCCCUUUUGGCAAACACAUCGCCUCAACCAACAGGCACUCCCUGGAACUUCAGCCUCUACCCCAACCGAAAAUGCAGCGGCAAAGCAACAGUAUUCUCUGGCGCUGGCACAACGGAUUGUCGAACUGACAUCCAAACGAGUGCUCAAGGUUUGCUGAGGGCGUAUAUUGAUCCUAGCUGUGUGGUCACUAUAUACAAGGACAAGAAGUGCUCAAAGAGCGAGAGCGUUGAGACUAUAUCUUCCUAUACGACGAAUAAAUGCAACCCGUGGAGAAAGAAGAGGAAGAUCAAGAGCUUCAAGGUUCAAUGCUCGUAA